GAGAGAGGAUACUCCAUAAAAUUGGUUACUGAAUUCCCUCUUUCACGGUUUUCAAAUUCACAAAUUUUAUCACCAGCGCACUGCAUACAGAAGCAAUUCAAAUUCUCGCCGAGAAAUGGAAAUCGAUUCGGGCAUAAACUUGUAUUCCAAAGAGCAACACAAAAUGUAUCAAACUUGGUUCAACUUUGCAGAUACAGAUCGAGAUGACCGGUUAACUGGAAAUGACGCGACGAGUUUCUUUGCCAUGUCAGGUUUAGCGAAACCAGAGCUCAAGCAGGUCUGGGCAAUUGCUGAUUCGAAGCGACAAGGAUAUCUAGGUCUGAAGGAAUUCAUCACUGCAAUGCAGCUCAUAUCCUUUGCACAAGAAGGAAAUGAACUAAACUCAGAUAUCCUUAAAAGAACAGGCUAUUUGGAGACACUGGAUCCUCCACAAAUGGCAGGUUUGAAUGCCUUUGUGGAAAAAAAGAGUUAUCAAGUAUCAAACACAAAUUCUGAAACCAAUGGAAACAUCCAACAAGCACCACCAAAACCAAUGAGUUUGUUUGGCAAAAAGUCUAUUAAGAAGAACCAUACUUCUCUCAAUUCAGUCACUUCAGUGGUUGAUGGCUUGAAGAUGUUGUACAAUGAGAAACUGAAGCCACUGGAAGCCAUGUACCGUUUUAAUGAUUUUGCAUCCCCUUUUUUGACUACUAGUGAUUUUGAUGCAAAACCGAUGGUCAUGCUUUUGGGUCAGUAUUCAACUGGAAAAACUACAUUUAUAAAGCACCUGCUUCAAUCCAGCUACCCAGGGGCUCAUAUUGGACCUGAACCGACUACUGACCGAUUUAUUGUUGUCAUGUCUGGGCCAGAUGAGAGGAGCAUCCCGGGAAAUACUAUUGCUGUUCAUGCUGACUUGCCAUUUACUGGUUUGACUACUUUCGGUGGAUCAUUUUUGUCCAAGUUUGAGUGUUCCCAAAUGCCACAUCCACUGCUUCAACAUAUAACAUUUGUGGACACUCCUGGGGUUUUAUCUGGAGAAAAGCAACGGACACAGAGAAGCUAUGAUUUCACAGGUGUCAUAUCAUGGUUUGCCACAAAAUGUGACUUAAUACUCCUUCUCUUCGAUCCCCAUAAGCUUGACAUCAGUGAUGAGUUCAAACGUGUAAUUUCAUCACUUCGUGGUCAUGAUGAUAAGAUACGCGUUGUUCUGAACAAAGCAGAUCAAGUUGACACACAGCAGUUAAUGCGAGUCUACGGUGCUCUGAUGUGGUCACUUGGAAAAGUUCUGAAUACUCCAGAAGUAUCCCGGGUCUAUAUUGGAUCAUUUAAUGACAAGCCUGUGAACGAAGCAGCUACUGGUCCUGUGGGAAAGGAACUGUUUGAGAAAGAGCAAGAUGACCUCCUUGUAGACUUGAUCGAUAUACCCAAAAAGGCUUGCGAUCGUCGGAUUAACGAGUUUGUAAAACGCGCUAGAGCGGCCAAGAUCCAUGCUUAUAUCAUUAGCCAUCUUAAGAAGGAGAUGCCGGCGUUAAUGGGCAAAUCUAAGGCUCAACGACGACUAAUGGAUAAUCUUGAGGGUGAAUUCGAAAAGAUUCAAAGAGAACACCAUCUACCAGCUGGAGACUUUCCAAAUGUGGAACAAUUUAGGGAGGUCUUGAGUCGCUACAACAUCGACGACUUUGAAAAGUUGAAGCCGAAGAUGAUUCAAGCUGUGGACGAUAUGCUCGGCUAUGAUAUCCCCGAGCUAUUGAAAAACUUCAGGAACAUAUAUGACUAGGGCCGGUAGGAAAUCUUCAAGAAGGCUUGAAGUUGUAUCCGUGCUUGAAUGUGAAAAGUUACCUGUUAAAAGUGUUGAGUUUCUAAAUUAGGAGAUUUUAGGAAAAGAGAGAUGCUGAAGAUUGGAAUAAAAUCAGACAGCAUUAUGAGCUAAAUGAUUGGCUGACAAGCAUUUUCCCUCCUUACAAGUAAAGGAUAUAUGCUUAUCAGACUACUUUUAUUCCAAUGCAACACUCACAAUACAAAAGCACAAGAGAUGGCUUUACUUUACACAGCAGUAGCUGUCAUUGCAUAGUUGUGUUCAAUUUCAAAAAUCAAAGUUUACAGAAAGGCAACAACAGAGUAUAAACAUAUAGCAUGAAUUUCCCUUGUAUCUUACUACUACUUUCCAUAAUGUGUGCUGAGGCUCUACCUUCACUUCACCACAACCGCCAAGAGCAGCUCAAGAACAACGCAUCUCUUGAGAAUCGAAGCAACGGGAUCACUGGAGCCUGGCCAUCGAAGCAGCACCAGUACUACAAGCAUCGCGCCUUGAGAAGAAUCCAUGGAGCUAUAAACAUCAUGGGGUGGGGAGUCCUCUUGCCGAUAGGUGCAAUCAUUGCACGAUACUUUAAAGAAUCAAGCAACGAUUGGUACAAUCUUCACAUCAUGUCCCAAUUCUCAGGGUUCAUUCUUGGCACGCUCGGAUGGGGUAUCGGGAUAACCAUCAAGAACGAACACCAUCACAUGAGCAGCCAUGGAGUUCUUGGAACUCUAAUAUUUGCAUUGGCUACUCUUCAGUUGUUAGGCAUGUGUUUGCAGCCGGAUGAAGAACACGACUCCCGGAGAUAUUGGAUCAUCUAUCAUAACAUACUCGGCUAUGCCCUCAUUGUUCUCAUCAUUGUAAAUAUAUUUCAAGGUAUAGGAAAUCAGAAAACGCCCAAGACAUGGGAUUUGGUUUAUGGUGCUGUUUUGGGAGUUUUGGGUGUGAUUGCUCUAGCCCUUGAGAUUCUCAGAUGGAUAUAUGUAUAGAUUCUUCACACCUUGCUAUUUUGAUUGCAUGAAAGCUUGAUUUUGUAUUUUUUUUA